AUGGUAUAUGGAAAACACAUCAAAGUUUCCUGUCAGGUUUGUAUUAUAGGUCAUAGGACCAAAACGUGUAACCAUAAAUCAAUCAUUGAAUCAGACGAUCCAGGAUAUAAUGGACACAGAGGUUGUUUAGAAGUCAUUUCCAAGAAAGGAAGAAGGAAAUCAAGAGUCCCAGAUCGAAUUGAUGGUGUUGGAAACACAAAAGAUGAUGACAUUGUAACAUUAAAUCCCAAUAAUGAUAAAUUCAUCUUGAUUGAAGCUAAAUUGGUCCCCAAACUUAAUGAAUGGUGUCCAAAUAGUCAAAACUCUAGAUAUGAAUGUUGUUGUAAGAAAAAAUCAAAAGAAUUAUACAUUAAUGAAGAAACUUCUAGUUUUUUAAGAGUUCCACAAUAUUGUGAUUUUACUUCAAUUGAAGAUGCAAAGAAGAUUGGUACACCUGUUAGUUACAAAGAUUUACCAACUGAUUUCUUGGAUAAGGAUGUGAACUUCCAUUCUAUUGCUAAACUUUAUCCUGAUAAAUCAGAUUAUCCAAAUCAAGCUGGUAAUAUAAAUGCACAAUCAACAAACAAUACAUCAUCACAAUUAGCUCAGAAUGUCCAACUCAAUAACAAUAUGAUUCUAUCUGAAUUACUUAAUACCAAUCCAAUCAUUCCAAUUUUCGAUGCCAAAUUCAAUUAUCAGAUUCAUAGUUCUGAAGCGGCUGCUCGAUUAGACUCUUUUUUAAAUGGUAACACUGAUCAACAAGAUAAUAAUAAUCAAGGUACAGAUCAAGGUACAGAUCAAAAUAUCGAUCAAGAUAUUAAUCGAAUUUACAAUAAUUUACAAUUUAUUUAUAAUCAAAAUCUCAUUAACAACAAUCAUCAUUACAACUUGUUCAAUAAUAUUCACCUUAUCACAUGUUUGUUAAAUUCCUAUGAAAAUUUGAUUCAAAAUAACAUUCGUCGUAAUAAUAACGAUCAUUCCAUCAUCAAUGAUAACACCAAUCAGAAUUCUGAUGUCUUAAAUCACAAUAAUCAACGCUUCGUUGAUGUGAAUACUUCAGACAGUCCUGUUCACAACAAUCCUUUAGCAAAUGACAAUGAACAGGGUAGUUCAAUGUCAACAAAUGCAAGGCCUCAUCAACCUUCAAAUCAACAUCAAAACGAUACGCGUAUUGGUAACCAGAACCAGAACCAUAUAAGAAAUACUAGACAAUGGGAAUUUGUUUUCGAAGAUCCAUCCAAUUAUCCUGAUUUCUGA